AAAUUUUGACAAUCCCCACGACCGCGACGUUCUCGAUCCUCCCAUCCUCCUGAGAAUCAUCAGCAAAAUAAAAAAGAGUGAAAAAUAGGAGUGCGCACAACACAAAAAUAACGUCGUCGGAAUAUUUCAAGGGCUCUAAAACACCAAACCAUGGAGUCAGACGCCCAGUUGCAGGAUUCCAACAUGACGUCCGACCAGCAACGGGAUGAUGUUCCAAACGACAAUCCGGAAUCAUACUGUCGUCUCUGCUUCUCGGAGCAGCAAGUGGUGUCACUCUUCCCCCCAGAUGGUGGAUACAUCCGGGAGCUGACGGAGAAAAUCCGGCAUUGUGCCGGAGUGAGGAUUUCCCUUCGGGAUGACUACCCCGCGGGAAUCUGCAGCUCGUGCGUGUCAUUUCUGGAAGAGAUUCACCAGUUUCAGAAGCGGAGCAAGCAUUGUGACGAGGUCAUUCGCACUAAACGAAGCAUUCUGGAGCAGAUUCAGGUGAAGGUCGAAUUGCGGGAAGAGGAGGGCGGUACCUCGGCAAUUCGCCCUCCUCCGACAGAGACCACUUCGACGUCAGAGGAACAGGAAGACUUUACGGCCGAUGAUUGCCUCACCGAGAGCAGUAUUAUAGCAGAUGCCAUAACUAGUUUGAAUGGAAUCGGAGAGCUCAUGGGAACAUUCCAGGGAGCAGUCGACCAACAAGUUUUCCCCAAGAUGGACCCGGCAAUAGCGGCAGAGGCAAACAAAGAACACCGCUGUAUGGUUUGUAGCCAGAUUUUCCCGGAUCGUGAAUCCUGGAUGGUUCAUUUGGGAGAUCACGCUGAGGAACGGCCGCAUCAGUGCCUCGAGUGUCUGGCACAAUUCCGCGAAAAGCGAUCGCUCGCCAGGCAUCUGAAAGCCGUCCAUGAGGAAAUCAGAGAUCGAAAGUGUCCAUACUGUCCCAAAUCUUUCAAGUACAGCCAUCAUCUACGGUACCACAUCCGGACACACACCGGUGAGCGACCAUACGUUUGUGACAUUUGUCAGGACAGUUUUUCGCAACACAUCCAAUGGAAGAGACACCAAGCCAAACACCAGCAACGGCCGGAUCAACUUCAGCUACCGAAGCCGACCAUUAUGACAGAGGAUUCGCAGAUCAAGUGUGAGUUUUGCCCACGGGUCUUCUCACGGCUUCAGGACUACCGACGCCAUGCCCCGAGCCACAAUGCAGAUAAUUUGAAUCUGGACCGACUGGCGCAGCACCAGUUGGCUUCACUCCAGAAUAUGCAUCAGCGCUAGUAGUAGGGCUGUCUUAGUGGAACGAACCUUCUAUCAUAAUGUUUGGAAAUAAAUGGUUUAUCUUGUCGUCAAAACGGCUAAUUUGUUUUUAAUGGAUUUCACAGAGCAUCACUGACUGUAAUUUGAUGUAGACAUUUUUGGUUUUAGAAACUAUAUAUAGCCUGCCUGCACGUGAAAUGCUCGGAAAAUAGUAUGCAUUUUUUUCAAUACAAAUAUUGAUAAACACGAAAUUUGAAUUGAGUCUAUGUAUUUAAAGUGAAUAUUUUUGUUGCCUUGAUUG